GAAAUGAAGAACCAAUCAAUGGAAAUAGAGUUCAUUCUGUUAGGACUGACAGAUGAUCCACAAUUGCAAAUUGUGAUUUUUCUGUUUCUAUUUCUCAACUACUCAUUGAGCCUAACAGGGAACUUAAUAAUUAUUCUUCUCACUCUACUGGAUCCCCGCCUCAAGACUCCCAUGUAUUUCUUUCUCCGUAAUUUCUCCUUUUUGGAAAUCAUAUUCACAACAGUGUGUAUUCCCAGAUUCUUGAUAACCAUUGUGAAUGGAGACAAAACCAUUUCUUAUAAUAACUGUGUAGCUCAAUUAUUUUUUAUCCUUUUACUGGGAGUUACAGAGUUUUACCUCCUGGCUGCCAUGUCCUAUGACCGCUAUGUCGCCAUCUGCAAACCUCUGCAUUACCCAGUCAUUAUGAACAGUAGAGUGUGCUACCUACUGGUGCUCAGCUCCUGGGCAACUGGAUUCUUAAUCAUCUUUCCCCCUUUGGUCAUGGGACUCAAGCUGGAUUUCUGUGCUUCCAAAAUCAUUGAUCACUUUAUGUGUGAAACAUCUCCUAUCCUACUGAUCUCUUGCACAGACACACAUGUCCUUGAAAUGAUGUCGUUAGUCUUAGCUGUGCUGACACUUGCGAUCACAUUGGUAUUAGUGAUUCUCUCUUAUGCUUGCAUCGUUAGGACCAUUCUGAAAUUCCCUUCUGCACAGCAAAGGACCAAAGCUUUCUCCACCUGUACUUCCCACAUGAUUGUGGUCUCCAUGACAUAUGGUAGCUGUAUCUUUAUGUAUAUAAAGCCAUCCGCAAAAGAAAGAGUGACUGUAUCCAAAGGUGUAGCUUUGCUGUAUACCUCAAUUGCCCCUUUACUAAAUCCCUUUAUCUAUACUCUAAGGAACCAGCAGGUGAAAGAAGUCUUCUGGGAUGUAUUACACAAGAUUUUGUGUUUCUCAAAAAACAAAAUUUAA